UAGAAAAUUGUUUGGUUUGUAGUGUAAACGAACAAACUUUAGCCAGGUGUCGAAAUAAAAGAAACUUGGCGGCUUUUAAUAUUUUUUGCAAAUAUUAUGGAAGCAUUUCAUUUAAAGCGUCCAACUCCCGUAGAGUCGCUCGCCAGCAGAAGAAGCAGAAGAACGGAUAUACCACGAGGGUGUGGAAGUGGCAGUGAAAUUAGAGCGGCAUCACUGGGAUGCAAUAAAAUUUUAACAUCAUCAACAGCAACAACGACGACGGAAACGACAACCACAUCAAUACACAGUAUAAAAUCAACAGCGUCAGGGAGUAGUAGUAGCUCACACAUACCACAUUUGCUACUAUCUCUACCCCGAACACCAUCUUCACUAAAGCCCUCAUUACCAGCAGCAGCCCCUACCACAUCAUUGCAACACCACAUACGUAGAAAUCUAUGGAGUUGUUUUUAUUUAAGACAUGAUUUAACCUGUAUUAUGAUGACAAUGUUGUUUGUAAUAUCAAUUGUAUUAUCGGGCAAUUCAGCUUUAGCCGCUCAAAGGGAAUCAUUCAAACCCAAAGAUACAAAUAGUAUUAACAGCAACAACAAUAAUGCAAAUGCCAUAUUCAAUGAGAUAGGCAGCAGUAGUGCGUUAAAUGUGAAUAAUGAUGGUGGUGGUAGUUUAAGUAGCAGCAACGGAAACGGAAAUGCUAUCAGCCAUAGUAAUGCCAAUAAUAUAAGCAACGGAAAUUCCAAUGUCAACAAUAAUAACAAAAAUAUUGGCUCAGCCACUUUAAAUACCCAAAAAACCACAACGAGUUUGUCCACCAGCACAUCAACCAGCACUAGCAGUUCAGCUGGCAGUGGCGGUUAUGCCACCACCACCUCAACACACUCCACCAGCUACAGUUCCAGUUCCAGCUCUAGCAGUGGUGGCAGUAGUAGCUCACACAAAACAUCCAGCUCACAACGCAAUUCCAUAGAACUGCAGGAGACCCAACAGAAUGGUCCCUAUUUCGAUAAGGCUGCUUCAAAGAAUGUCACCGCUCUGUUGGGCAAGACAGCGUAUUUAAAUUGUCGUGUUAAAAAUCUGGGCAAUAAAACUAUGUUAUUGCAAGUUUCCUGGGUACGACAUCGUGAUAUACAUCUGCUAACUGUGGGCCGAUAUACAUACACAUCAGAUCAAAGAUUUCGUGCCAUACAUCAGCCACAGACAGAGGACUGGAUCUUGCAGAUAAAAUAUCCACAGCAUAGAGAUUCGGGGAUAUAUGAGUGUCAAGUAUCAACUACGCCACAUAUGAGUCAUUAUAUUCAUCUGAAUGUUGUGGAACCCUCUACAGAAAUUAUAGGUGCUCCCGAUCUUUAUAUAGAAAGUGGCUCCACUAUAAAUCUAACCUGCGUUAUUUUAAAUUCACCCGAACCGCCUGCCUACAUAUUCUGGAAUCAUAAUAAUGCGAUUAUCAACUAUGAUUCACCGCGUGGCGGUGUUUCGGUUAUAACAAAUAAAGGCGAUACAACGACCUCCUUUCUAUUGAUCAAAUCUGCACGGCCAUCAGAUUCUGGCCACUAUCAAUGCAAUCCAUCGAAUGCUAAACCCAAAAGUGUAACAGUUCAUGUGCUCAAUGGGGAAUUCCCAGCAGCAAUGCAGCGCGCGGGACUAGCACUUCAUCGAAUGUCUCAAAGUCAUUAUAUCUUAGUGUACCUGUUAAUGUACUUGUUUACCUUAGCAUAUGUCAGGCACUACACAAGGCUACCGGCUGUAGUGCAUGGUCUAAAAUCUGUGGUCAUGUGAUAGAAACGUGCCUACAACUGUUAGGUUUUCUGCUACUGACACUGAUGGCUGGCUUUGUGAAAGUGCUACGGCAGCAUGCAAAAACGAACAUUAACAAAAACAAUAAGAAAUGUAUAACAAUAAC